UAAUCGGAUAAAGUAACCUCCUCGACGCUGCGACGGCCGCUCACCACUGGCGAAGAUGCCGCCGUCGAUGGCGGUGGCGGCGGCGGCGGCGGCGCCACGCAGUCUCCUCUUCCCCGUCUCGCCUUCACCCUCGCAGCCGCGGCGUGUGCCAGCCUUGGCAAGGGCUGGACGGAGCCAGAGGCGGCAUGCGGCGCUGGCGAGGCCCGCUCGCCGCCACCUCGACGACGCGAUGUCCGCCGGGUUCGUCCGCAGCCUCAACGCCCCGCCUGACGAGGACGGCGCGAGAUCCGGCGGGAGGUACGACCCCAGGCCGGGGGACUUCGCCGUCGGGGUGGUGGUCUCCGGCACCGAGGCCCGCCUCGACGUCGCCGUGGGCGCCGACCGCCUCGCCACGCUCCUCGCCAAGGAGCUCCUCCCGCUCUACCGCGCCGACCUCCCGGCCUUCGCUGAGGCGGCUCCGCCUCGGCCGGGGAGCGUGGGUGCCGUGGCGAGCCCCGCCGCGGGCGAGGGGGACCGGAAGCCGGGGGAGCGCGGCGGGGGCAGGACGCUGGUGCCGCCCGGCACGGUGGUGUUCGCGGAGGUGCUCGGCCGCACGCUGAGCGGCCGGCCGCUGCUGUCGGCGAGGCGACUCUUCCGCCGCCUCGCAUGGCACCGCGCCAGGCAGGUUAUGCAGCUUGACGAGCCAAUUGAGGUCAAAAUUUACGAGUGGAACACCGGGGGCCUCCUCACAAGAAUUGAGGGGCUGAGAGCAUUCCUUCCUAAGUUUGAGCUCAUGGACAGGAUAAAUACGUUCACAGACUUGAAAAACAAAGUUGGUUGCAGCAUACGUGUGUGCAUUACAAGGCUUGAUGAAGAAACUAAUGACCUGAUAAUUAGUGAAAAGAAAGCAUGGGAAAUGACAUAUCUUAAAGAAGGAACUCUUCUUCAAGGGAUCGUUCACAAGAUUUUUCCGUAUGGUGCUCAGGUUAGAAUAGCUGGGACAAACAGAAGUGGAUUGUUGCAUAUUUCAAAUAUUAGUCGAGGGCGUGUCUUGUCAGUAAGUGACAUCCUAAAGAUAGAUGAGGAGGUAAAAGUUCUGGUGGUCAAGUCAAAUGUUCCAGAUAAAAUCGCGCUUAGCAUAUCUGACCUCGAAAGUACACCUGGUCUAUUCCUUUCAGAAAAAGCGAGAGUGUUCUCAGAAGCUGAGGAAAUGGCAGAGAGGUACCGGGAGCAGCUUCCAGCUGACUCUAAGAACGCUAAAUUAGAUGCUGACCUUCCAGGAGGAACAAUUCCAUUUGAUGAUGAAGCUACAUUAUACGCAAACUGGAAAUGGUUUAAAUUUUUGGAAGAUGGCAAACUAGGUGCUGUAACAACAGAACACAAUGGCAGCUGAUGCAGCUUUCAGGGAUUACAUGUUGUGAGAACAAUCUGGUUGCUGGCUUGCUGCUGAAGAAAAAUAGCAUAUAUAAGCAGCUUAGCAUGAAGCAUAUGAAGUUGAACCUUCAUUGGAUGACCUGGAGAAAUAAUGGUUCUUGGUGAGAGCACAGCACUUUCCAAAGCAAAGAACCAGCAUUAACGGUUCUACGAGUAGCAACAUGCAGCUCCAUCUGGCAACUGCAUCAACAAAAGAAGCAGCAACAAAAUUUCUUUGUCGGCGUAUGCCGUACUCCUAUCAGCAAAGAGGAACUUCUUUGUGAGCCUGUCGUUCCUUGGAAAAUUUUGAUGCGCUGUGGACCGAAAAUGACACAUUUUGUGAAUGUUUAAUCCAUUAGUCCAAGUAGCUCCGUGGAGAAAACAUCACAUUUGAUAGCAUCCACUAUUUGUACAACUUGAGUUCACUUGUAUUUACUAUUUCAAUGGAAACAAGCAACUCAACUACCUGAACGUGCAGCAGUAGUCUCUGAAUCUUUGUUCAGAUUUGUUAUUCAGUUCCAGAAGAUCAGUUUUGCUGAUUUUAGGCC